UCUACAUGACGCACAGUAUCCUCAGUAUCCUAUCUUAAUGGUUUGCUUUGUUAAAUAAAGGUUGCACUGACUCACUGCGCCAUCUUGUGGUACAAACUGGUAUUAACUGGAAAGAAGGUGCAGCCCAGCCCUACUUCACAUUCAGCUGAUAUCUCUUCAACAACACAAAGGUUUGGACAUGAAGUCACAGCUGAUGUGUGUGGAAAAUGAUGAGAAACGACUGGAACCGUGAGAAAAAUGAACUCUUAAAAGAACUCUCAGACAUUUUUACAUUUUACAGUUUUUUCAUUUGAGUUUUUCUAAAGUGUAACCUAAACUCUGCGUGUAUGUUUGCAGUAAUCACAACUCUAGUGAUUACUGCAUGAAUCAGAAGAGAGCUGUAUCACCUCCACAGACAAACACCAUCCCGAACGCCCCCCCCCCAGCAUCCCGUCUGCAGCCUCGGCCUCCACCGGCCUGGAGCUGGGAGUCUGGUCUCGCUCCGCUGGCUGCCUGGAAGCCCCCUAACAGGAUUAAAGGAGCGUUCUCAGCGGCGUCCGUCAGCCUCUCUAAUCUGCUGGACGGCUUUAGGAGGAGAAGCCUCGUCACUCGGACUCUGCCUGAUGAUAAACACGGAGCUGGUCCUAACGUCGGCUCAGGCUGGAGAUGUGACGUGGAGUGAAUGGCCCCUCCUACUGCAGGUAUGACUGUGGAGGAUCCGAUGGGCAGGUGGGGGUCCAGUCCUGUGGAGGAGGUGAAGUUAAUCCCUGAGCCUGCGCUGGAUGAAGAGCUCCACAGCAGCAGCCAGGAAGUGAUGUGCUAUCACGCAGACACGCCCACUGUGGAGUGUGCAGCCAUCACAGACAGUGAGGAGCAGUUUUGCAGGAUCUGCCACGAAGGCCAGGCGUCAGGAGAGCUGCUGUCCCCCUGCGAGUGCUCCGGCAGCCUGGCCUCGGUGCACCGGAGCUGCCUGGAACAGUGGCUCACCGCCUCCGACAGCGGACACUGCGAGCUCUGCCAUCACCAGUUUGUGCUGGAGCGUGUGCCAAAGCCUCUGACUGAGUGGUGGUGCUCUCCAGCCAUGCAGCAGCAGAGGAGGACGUUGUGCAGCGAUGCGGCUUGUUUCCUGUUCAUCACGCCGCUCGCGUCGCUGUCGGGCUGGCUGUGUGUUCAAGGAGCCAUGGAGCUCUACUACACCAAUGGGACGGAGGCCCUGGGACUCCUGGUGCUCACUCUGGCUCUCAUCAUCAUCUAUGUGUUCUGGACUGUGGUUUCUGUGCGCUACCACGUGCAUCUCUUCAAAACCUGGAAGAAGACUGACCAGAGAGUUCGACUGUGGGUUCCUGUGUCAGAACAAACACCUCCUAACCAGCAGGUGGCGCCCAUAAACUUCCUCAGCAAAGCCAUCAACAAGGAAACGAUGGUGUAGGUGGAAGUCUGCACAGCUCAAAGGACUGAGCUCAUGACCCCAUGGACUUUUAAACCACACAUUUCAUUGUUUCUUCCCCCAAAAAAGAGUCAAUGACUCCUUUUAUUAUCCUCUCGGUGUUUUGGUGUUGGUGGUAAUGGCAUGGGGGUGCACUGGAGCAGAUCAAAACUGCUUUGUAGUUAAACGCCCUCCACAAAACUACAGCGGUUAGCCUUGGUAUAAUGUCCACAUCUUCAUUGUUAAACAGGUGGCAGGAAACGCUGAACAAUGUAAAGUUGCCUUUAACGUCAGCAGAGGCUCCAGCAGUUAUUCAGUCCCACAGAUUCCCAACUUACAUCUUUUAAUGACCACCAGGGGGCGAUACCUGUGGUUAGUGGUCAGUCUAUGGACUCAGGUACUCAUUUCAGGUCACAUAUAAUAAAACAAGUUCAUUUUGUAAAUUUGUCAUUCUAGGAGAGGAUUAUGCUCAUUGGUCAGUGAUUACGAUGACAUCAAAUGCUCAGCUGGAGGCUUCAAAACAUCCUCAGCCUGUUACGUCUGUGCUCGAUAACUAUUCGUCUCUGUGAAAGCGGCCUACUUUAGUUUGAGACGUGCUGAAUGGAUGCAUCCCAACUGAAAUGCAGGUGAUUACACAGAGAAGCAGCUGGAACAGCAGCGCAGCUUUCAGAGUUAGUGAAAUAAUUUUU